CGACACCGCGUGAGUAGCAAAGAACUCGCUGGCAGUAUCCUCCUCCCACGCGCUUGGAACGUCCGUACGUUUUCACGCAUGCGCGCCAGAAUUUAUGUCAAGGCACAAAAGUGGCGCUCUAUCGUCUCCAGCUCUACUCCGGUGGUUGCCUAAGCAAUGGAUGGAGAUUUGGAAGUCAGGGCAGAUGUCGAGGAGGCGACCACAAUCACAGGGGAGGACGAGGAGGGUCAUAUGGAAACCACACCCAGUACAGAGCCGACUCAAUCUGUUGAAGAACAACAGACAGCACCAGACCUUCCCAAAACCUCAGAAGACAAUGAUGAUGAUGUGGUAUUAGUAGAAGGGCCUCCUGCUCCCUCUCAGGGGAGAGUACUGCCCCCCAACACCUCUGAUGCUAACACACCUGCAGAUACCCUGACCGCUACCAAAGACUGUGCAGAGCCGGCUACCACGGCAACCGCUUCUUCCAAGGCUCCCAGUCCGCUCUCUUCUGCGGGUACAGCCACAUGCACGACACCCAAGAGCCAGAGUGAGCCAAUUGUGAUUGACGAUGAGGAGGAUUCAGAGCUCAAGGGUGCCUCCUCUUCUUCCCUCUGUCCCACUGACGUCGAGGACGCUCUGAGCAGCACUGAGCCUGAUUCCGAAAUCAAAAUCGCUAGCGUUACCACAUUGGGUGCAGAGUCUUCGGCAGUUACCAUGGCGAUGUCAACAGGUACGCCACUGUGUGCUCAAGAGGAUACAAACCUCAUGAUCACAAAUGUGACAUCACUAAAGGAUGAGGGUGGGGCAGCUGCAGCCAGGUUGGAUGAGGGGACUGAGAAUGGGCUUCAGAUCAGCAGUGCAUUCAGCCUAAACCCUGAAGCCCAUCAGAACCAAGGUGUUGCCAGCAGACCUUCACCCACCUUCAACCCAGGACGCAUUAAUGCUGCCAGCCAGCCUGUGCAGAAUGGAGAAACGGGGACGCAUCAGAGUUCUGAUUCAUGGAUUUCCCAGUCGGCCUCUUUUCCUCGUAACCAGAAGCAGCCUGGAGUAGACUCGCCAUCUCCUGCAGCUCCCCUCCCCAAACCACCCUGCCAGUCCUCCUCAGGGUCCCAGCAGCCACAACGCACCAUGAAAGUCACGUGCGCUAACUGUAAAAAGCCUUUGAAGAAAGGCCAGACCGCGUACCAGCGCAAGGGCUCAUCCCACCUUUUCUGCUCGACUACCUGCCUGUCUGCCUUCUCCCACAAACCCACCCCUAAGAAGAGUUGCACCAUGUGCAAGAAGGACAUUACUAAUAUGAAAGGUGGCACCAUAGUGGCCCAGGUGGAUUCAAGUGAGUCAUUUCAGGAGUUCUGCAGUACCGGCUGUCUGGCAUCUUAUGAAAACAAACAGAAUCCCCAAAAGAACCAACUCAAAACGAAGUGUACCGUCUGUGGAAUGCUCACAGAGAUUCGACAUGAAGUGAGCUUCAAGAACGUAACCCACAAGAUCUGCAGCGAUGCAUGCUUCAAUCGUUAUCGUAUGGCUAAUGGGCUCAUCAUGAACUGCUGUGAACAGUGUGGAAAUUAUCUGCCCAGUCGUGCCACAGCAAAUCACUUUUUACUUAUUGAUGGUCAGCAGAAACGUUUUUGUUGUCAGAAUUGCAUCAGGGACUAUAAACAGACUCAUGGGAAGAUGGUGCAGUGUAGUGGUUGCAAGGUGAUGUGCAGAUCAAUAGAUGGCACUCAGUGCAUUGGGACAAAUGGAGGCAUGGAGACCUACUGCUCUACAGCCUGUAUGACUAAGAGCAAAUUUGCAGCUGCUGCACAGAGUACUGAGCCCUCAUGUCACUUCUGUAAGAGAAAUGGAUUACCUCAGUAUCAGGCAACUCUGCCUGAAGGGAAAGUUUUAAGUUUCUGCAGUUCACUGUGUGUCACCAAAUUUCAGAAUGCCACCAUCCAAACAUCAGCCAAUGGGCAGCUUCCUGCUUCAGCUCCCGAGAGCAUCCAGCUGAAAUGUAACUACUGUCGUGGUUCCUUUAGUAUGAAGCCAGAGAUUCUGGAGUGGGAGGAUAAAGUUUAUCAGUUCUGCAGCAAGGCCUGUUGUGAUGACUACAAGAAGCUCCAUUGCAUAGUGACGUUCUGCGAGUACUGUCAGGAGGAAAAGACUCUUCACGAGUCUGUCAAGUUCUCCGGAGUGAAGAGGCCUUUUUGUAGUGAAGGCUGCAAGUUACUCUUUAAGCAGGAUUUCAUUAGACGUCUGGGCUUAAAGUGUGUCACGUGCAACCACUGCACUCAGAUGUGCAAGAAAUCUGUCACCAAACAGAUAGAUGGGGUCAGCAGGGACUUCUGUAGCGAGACGUGUGCUAAGAAGUUUCAUGACUGGUACUACAAGGCGGCACGCUGUGACUGCUGUAAGGUACAGGGGAACCUGCUGGAGUCUGUGCAGUGGCGUGCAGAGAUGAAGCACUUCUGCGACCAGCAGUGUCUCUUGCGAUUUUACUGCCAACAGAAUGAACCCAACAUGGCCACACAGAAAGGGCCUGAAAACAUGGCUUUAGAGCUUAGCGGAGCAACCCAAGCAUCUAAGAUGUCAUUUACUCAGGGGCCUGUAUCGUAUGCUGGAGGAGGGAUCCUGAAAGAUGUGAAAAAUAAAGCUGUGCUUUGUAAGCCGCUCACCUUAACUAAGGCCACCUACUGCAAACCCCACAUGCAGAGCAAACCACUGCAGACAGAUGAGGCAGAUCUGGAGAAAUCCAGCUCAGGAAAGGAAUAUGUUCCUGUCCCAAUACCCGUUCCCGUUUACGUCCCUGUACCCAUGAACCUCUACGCUCAGGCCACACCCACUCCUAUUGCAAUACCUAUACCGGUGCCUGUGCCAGUGUUUCUGCCCACUACACUGGAGAACGCUGACCAAAUUGUGAAGACCAUCAAUGAGCUGAAAGCCAAAGUGCUUCCUGACCAGCAGGACGUUGAUAUGAUAGCAAUGGAUGAAAUGAUUGCAGAGAUUGAAGAUGAGAAACCAAACUGCUCGGAUAUCAAAUGUGAAAAGGGCAGCAGUGUAGUGAAGGUUGAAAAUGUAAAGCAUGAAAAUGGGGGCAGCAGCAGCAGCAGUUCGGAGGAGGAAGAGGAUGAGGAAGACAAGUAUGAGCCAGAUUUGGACCUGGAAAAAGAUCUUCCACUAGCAUCAGAACCCAUCCUGGUUGAGCGUCUGGAUACAGAUAUGCUCUUUUCAUUGUCUCCAGUCCUUCCGGAGGAGAAAGAAAAGACGCCUCGGCGCAGAACCAGGAGAAGGGGCCAGAAGAGACGGCUAGUAGAGGAUGAGUCUCCCUCGUCUUUGUCCACAUCACCAGCAAUAGAGUCUACAGCUGCAGACAGUUCAUUCCCAUUAAAUUCCAGGUAUGGCUUAAAUGCUUGGAGGAGGUGGGCCAUGUCUGCAGCAGCAUCAGAGCCCAGCCAGUCCGCAGCAUCAGAGUCCAGCGAGUCCGAAGGAAAGGAGAAUCAGAAACAAGUUCGUUUAAAAGGCAGUCUUCUGUCUCUGAGCCCGGCAGAGCUAAAUCAGUCUUUAUCAAGCUUCAUCAAAGAAGUGCGUCGACCCAAUGGCGAGCGCUAUGCCCCAGACAGCAUCCUGUACCUGUGUCUCAGCAUUCAGAAGCAUUUGCAGAAGAAGGGACGGACAGAUGACCUGUUUGGUGAUCCGCCGUACGACAUGUUUGGGGAAGAAUUGAACAAGAUUCUCAAAGACUGGCAGCCCAGCGUUCUUCCUGAUGGUUCUCAGUGGGGCCGUGUUGAAGAGCAGUGUCUAUGGAGCAGCGGGCAGCUUGGAGAGCAGACGCCCUCCGUCCUACUCCGAUCUGUCCUCUAUCUCAACACUAAAUACUUUGGACUCCGAACCGUCGAACAGCACUUACGCCUCUCCUUUGGGAAUGUCUACGGCCCAAGCAGUUCCAAACCACACAGCCACGACACCAACGUGUGCAUACGCAUCCCAUCCAUCUCACAUGAGUCGAACGAGCACACAGAAAGUAAAAGACGGCGUAAAGAUGACUGUGACUCAAACUUUGAGGCGGACAGUGCUUCGGGAGAUUCUGAUCGCUGUCCUGUUAAGAAACACGAGUGCCGACUGUAUGAGCUUUAUUUAUCGAAGUGCCCAGAGUCUGUGAGGCAGAGGACAGAUUUUUUUUACAUGAAGCCCGAAGACUCUGUUUCCUUGGACAGUCCGCUGUGGUUCAGCUCGACUCCUCUAGAGAAGAGUGCGCUGGCCCGGCUCUUGACUCAAAUGUUGCUGGUCAGAGAGAUUUAUAAAGAGAACCAGCAUGAAGAGGACGGAGUCUAGAUGCCUGUGCACUGAGAACUUCUAACUAUGCUAUCAAUACACCCUGUGCAUCACAGACAAGCUGCUUUUCAAGUCACACCCUGUCACUCUCCCUUUAAACACACUGAUCCCGGUACAGCUAUGAGAUGAUGUGCGGAUGGAUAUUAUGGUGGGAUUAUGCUGAUUCAAAUCAGUCUUCCCAGAGGACCCUGACUCUGAUAGGACUAGAGGUUUUCCAGAAACGUCACCUACAGGAUGCUGCUCUCUGUCUUUUGUUUAGUUUUUGUUUUUUUUAAAUCCGUUAUAAACUUUAGUUUAUGUAGCAUUUCUUGUGAGGCCGCUGUGGUCUGUAAAUAUUUCUGAGCAAAGUCUGUUAGCAGGACGGUGGGGGAAGUAAAGAAGUUGAGGAUUGUCUUUAUCCCCGCUAACUUGGACCCAACAAAGCCUUCGGAAGAUAAAAUGUAUUUAUUGCUGUUGAUGGUCGUGUCAAGAGAGAGUCUGUGAUUUUCUAACAGGAGGGCAGGGUGUGUGCUGGACGCUGUGCCAUGUGUGCAAUUUCUCUGGCCUUCCAUAAGAGCAUUAAACUUGCUGCAGCCCCAGACCUCUUC